UACCAAAUUCUUUUGUAAUUGUUUAAGUUACUCAGUUUUUUGAUUGGUUGAAUUUACCUAUACUCUUUUGCAGUUUUAGUAGAGAAGUAGAUUACAAAGAAUCGGAAUUGGCACUCGUUUGUGCAAAUUCAGGAAUCAUAAUAAAAUGAAGAUAAAGAAUCCAAAUGCUGGGCCACUUACUAAUUUUGAAGUACUAGAGUUUCUGAAAUCAAGAGGUGCUGCAAAGGAUAAUUCCAGGGUUAUUGCUCCCGUGGCACCAUCGGAGUACAAGGUAUUUGAUUAUAUAAUGGAGACUCCGGCUUGCAGGCAAACCAAAGCGCAAAUAAACGAGUUUAUGGGGAAGUGUAAGACGUACAAUCUUGCGAAAGCUGAGAUCCUCAAUAUUAUUAACCUUGCUCCGCGUGCAUUAGUGGAACUUGACCCGAUUAUAGAGAACCCUGAAGCUCGUUAUGGAGAGGAGCUGGAAGAAUUAACAGUCUUGGUUAGCAAUGUAUUUCCACCUCCUCCGCUAGCUGAGGAAGAGAAUACGAAUAAUGAAGAAAAUGGACAUGAGGAACAAGAUCAAACGGAUGAGUCAUAGUUAAUAGAGCUUUAGACCUCAUUUCGCACUGCAAUUUCGAAGAUGAACGGUGAGAGAGAGGCACUCAUAACUUUUGAUUCUUUUUAUUAUUAUCUCGCUUCUGUGCAUAGCAAGGGAUAAGCUAUAUCAAAUACUCGUUUAGAAGUCGCUUGAUUUACUAAAUUUUGUAAGAAUGAGAAUGAUUUUCAUUGUAUUUUAUUGGGGAAAAUUACAUCAGAAAUAGAAAUGUCAUUCAUUCUCAUUUUUCUUAAA